AUGCUUCCCACCUGGAUUUGGCUGCUGGCCCUGGCGCUCCAGGGAGAGUGUGCAGAGGCCCAGAGCUGCAAGCCUGACCUGCGAGGUGCUGCUCGCAACCUGGCCAGAGGCCGCCCAGCCUGUCAGUCCUCCAUCUACUCACAUCCAAUUAUUCCAUCAGCAAGCAAAGCCAUAGACGGGAAUUGUGACGGGAACUUCUUCCAUGGCUCCUGCACCCACACCAACGCUGAAAAAGAACCAUGGUGGCACGUGGACCUGGGCGAGCAGUUUGCCAUCUCCACUGUGGUGGUGAAGAACCGCGAGGACUGCUGCAGUGAGAGACUCCUGGGAGCCGAGAUCCGUGUGGGAGACUCCGUGGCUGACCAUGGGAAGUCCAACCCCCUCUGUGGGAACAUCACCGACCCCAGACGUGGCUCCUUCACUAGCCUCAACUGCCAUUGGCUCAAGGGCCGCUAUGUCAGCGUGAAUCUCCCGGGAGAAGCAUCCACCCUGACGCUGUGUGAGGUGGAGGUCUAUGGGACGAAGCUGGUGUCUCCUGCCUCGCCCUUUCAACAGUUUGAAAACUGCAUCCUCUUAAGCAGGAUGCUCCUCACCUGGGUUUCGAUGCUGACCUGCCUGGCGCUCCUGGCAUGGAGUGGGGACGCCCAGAGCUGCAGGCCUGAGCUGCAAGGCAUUGUUCAGAACUUGGCCAAAGGCCGCCCAGCCUUCCAGUCCUCCAUCUACUCAAAUGUGAUUUUUACUGGAGGAAAGAACGCAGUGGACGGGAAUUGUAAUGGGUUCUUCAGCAAUGGCUCCUGCACACACACUAAUCAAGACCAGGACCCCUGGUGGUACGUGGACCUGGGCAAACAGUAUGCCAUCUCAGCCGUGGUGGUGAAAAACCGUCAGGACUGCUGCAGCGCGAGACUCCUGGGAGCCCAGAUCCGUGUAGGAGACUCCGUGGCUGACCAGGGCAAGUCCAACCCGCUCUGUGGGACGAUCACAGACACCAGCCUUGGAUCCAUCAGCACCUUGUACUGCAAUUGGAUCAAGGGCCGCUACGUGAGCGUCAACAUCCCGGGACGUGCCGAAUAUUUGACCUUGUGCGAGGUGGAGGUCUAUGGCACCAAGGUGGAUGACCAGAUGCUCAUCACCUGGACUUGGCCCCUGGCCCUGGCGCUCCUGGCAGCAUGUGGGGACGCCCAGAGCUGCAGAUCUGAAUGGCAAAGUGCUCGCAACUUGGCCAAAGGCCGCCCAGCCUUCCAGUCCUCCAUCUACCGACAUGAGAUUUUUACAGGAGGAAUCAAAGCCGUGGACGGGAAUUGUGACGGGUUCUUCGACUCGGGUUCCUGCACCCACACACAGAAGGAAAAGAACCCCUGGUGGUACGUGGACCUGGGCGAAGAAUAUGCCAUCUCCACUGUGUUGGUGAAAAACCGCCAAGACUGCUGCAGCGCCAGACUCCAGGGAGCUGAGAUCCGUGUGGGCAACGCUAUGGCUCACCGUAGCAAGUCCAACACCCUCUGUGGGACCAUCACAAACACCAGGCUUGGAUCCACCAGUGUCUUCAACUGUGAUUGGCUCAAGGGCCGCUAUGUGAGUGUCCAGAUCCCUGACCUUGAAGAGUACUUGACCUUGUGCGAGGUGGAGGUCUAUGGCAGCAAGGCAGAAGACCAGUGCUAG